AUGGAGAGCACGUCAACACACCCUUGUCAUCGUCUCAGUAUUCCAGCUGCCAGACUCUUUUGGUGCCGCCAUUGCAUGCAAAUAUUCGAAGACCCCAUCACCAGGUGGCGGCACAGCAAAACCUGUCUUCACUCAUCCUCUGGCAAAGUCAGAAAGGACAAAGAUGGCAGCACCAUGCAGGUCUUUCUCAGUGCUAACAACUUGUCAGAAUUACGUCGCGAACAAAACAGGUCUCGGGUUAUCAGUCGAAGUGUCGGGCCUGGUCAAUCACCAGGCACUGAUCUCAGAUGCUUCAUUUGCAAGACUACUUUUGUAUCCAUCGAGGAGAUGCGGGUACAUGUCCGCACUCCCUGUCGGAAGCGGCCAACAUUAGCAGUGCCCAAACAAAAAUUCUCAGCCAUGCCUGCCGAGAUUAAAACACAAAUCCAGAUACCGGAUACAGCAUCUGAAAUAAUAUACAUCAAAGAUGGACAUCAGACGGUUAUUUCUUUGGAGUCUCCAUGUGCAGCAGAAGUCUUGAAUACAGAAUUUGUUGAACCAAAUCAAGAAUAUGAGCCUGACGGUGUUUCUGCCAUGGAAAAAGUGAUUAUACUUCCUGAUACAUUUGACAGCACAACGAAUCUCAAUGCUAUUGAGCAAACUGUUGAAAUUACAGCUGUUGAAACCGUAAUUCCUGUUGCGUCCAAAAGUGAAGAGGUCCCCAAGCAGCCAAAAAAUCGGAAUGAGAAUAAAACAAAACAACAUAUACGAAAGCGCAAGCGUAUUCUUCCAAAAAAAGCGCCUGCUUCACCUGUAGAAAAAAUUGUUACUGGUGCUGCUGCAGAAGCCAAGCUCAAAGACUUGUUUACCACAAUAGAGAUGCAGAAUAAAAUGAAACUGUCCCCAUCCCCCAAGCAGGCCAAAAGUGUCAACCCUCCUCCAGAGUCUCCAUGUAAGACUAGCAACCUGACGAACAUCGAGGAUGAUACUGACGAGUGUCAAAAUGACAAUGUGGAAAAAGAUGAAAACCAGUCUGGCAUUUCCCAGGAAAAAGAGACUGAUAACUCUGGGUUACUUCUUUACAUGCCACCAAUUAAUGCUGGAUCCGUCACUUUGCCCGACCCAUUACUUGACCUCCAAAGUGGCCUUCCUGCCGAAAUGUUGCUGGAUGAAACUACCAAUACAAAACCCCCUAUACCCACUGCACCAGAAGCCAUCAACACUUUUAUCCCUUCAGAUCUUGUGGAGGAAACAAAAUUGCCAUCGCAUAUCUUUGAUGGAGAUCUUUUGCCGUCUCAGAUUCAUUCAGAAGUUUUAUUUGAAGAAAUUACUGACGAGAAAGAAAAUUCACCUCUGGUUGAUAAUAGAAUUGAUGAAGAGUUGGUUUUGGCCGAACCUAAUCUUGAAGAAGCUGUUAAAAUAGACUCCCCUGUUGUUCCCAGGAGACCCAAGCGCUUUUCUCGACGCAAACGGAAAAAAAGUUACUUCAUCGACGAGCAGAAUCGUAUCUUGCCAUUUGUCAAUGUUCUCAUGUCGGAACUUUCAGACAAGGAUCGUUUCUUCUACAAGUUGGGUAUGAUAAACCAAUGCCAUAAAAUCCCCUCUUCUUCUGAGACAACCACAUCAACGGCUCAAAAUGGUGAGGCGCCUGCAUUAGAAACGUUGGGUGAUUCUGCCAAAGAAUCUUUGUCGAAACUUCAGUUCACUGACAUCAUGACAGAAUCGACGUAUCCACCUGAAAUUGCACCACUGUCCCUUGCUGAAGUGGUUGCUGCUGAACCUCAGGAAAUUUCAUAUACAGCAUCACCUGCUGUUGCAGGUGCUUGUGUUUCAGAUAAAGAGAACCCCUCCGCACUGGCCAAGGGCCUAUGUUUAUCACUGCCCACCCUGGAGAAGAUGGACAACAACCAGUUUCACGAUCCUAACAGCAUAUCUCCAAGCUCUGUCAAGCCAGAAUCUCAUGAUACGUCCAGUGAGAUGACGGGUCAGUCAGUGCAGUCCCCUUGCUGGGAGGCUGCUCCUCGCUUAGCACAACUGCCUGGGGUAACACAAAUUGUCAGGGUUACUUCUUCUGCUGACCUGUCAAAUGGAACUGGCAUGACAAAGAAACCAUCUCCUGAUCAGUGCAGUGUCAUUGCCAACAGUAAAGAUCUCCCUUUCUCCAAUUCCAAUUCUUGUGAUAAUGUGGAGAAAAAUGAACCACUUCCAUCUUCUGUUUCUUUGAAUAUUGAUCCCCCUCUUCCUUCAUCUCCCCCCACAAAUACUAACCCCAGCCCAACAUCUGUUGAUGUCAUUCCUCCCCCGACUGUUGUUGCUAUAGAAGAAAGGAGUGAGGAAGUUGUCCAAGAGAAAUCUCACUUGGAUGCCAAUCCACUGCCUUUGUCCCCAGAGAUUGUAAUCAACGACAACCACCUUUCAACAAUCUCUCCCCCUACGGAGACCACCACAUAUGAACCUGUCCAAGAAGGUGAGGUGGUGCUACAGGAGAAGACUGAUGACUCUGUCCUGCUGCAACAGUCUGUCCCUGCCACAAACCCAGUUGCUGUUGAGACCCUAGAGCAGCAGCAGCUGGUGCUGGACAACACUACCGACCCUAAUGUCUUGGUUCAGUAUCUAAACAGCUUGGACCCUUCCAUACUGCCAGGAGAAGUGACGUUUGUCAUCAUUCAAGGGACGCCUGGUGAGGCUCUCCAACUUACAAAUGAUCACAACUUUAUCAUCGAACAGACGGGAGACGACUCAGCCGGUGGUUCAGUUAUUUACACACUGCAGUCCCCCCCGUCAGACAUUGCAACAGAAGCUGAGAUCGUCAUGACAGAUUCAUCGUAA